AUGAGCGCAACCAAAUCGAAAAAGCCGGGAACGAUACUUUUCUUCCAUCCAGACCUAGGAAUUGGAGGUGCCGAGCGAUUGAUAAUCGAUGCGGCUGUUGGUCUGCAAAAUCGAGGACAUAAAGUGGUGAUCUUUACCAGCCAUUGCGACCCAAAACAUUGCUUUGAUGAAGCGCGAAAUGGCACACUCGACGUUCGCGUCCGCGGGAACUGGCUAAUCCCCUCCUCCCUCCUCUCCCGCUUUUCAAUCAUCUGCGCGAUCCUCCGCCAAUUCCACCUCAUCCUCUCCACCUACUUCACAUCCGAGCUUCGAUCCCUAAAACCAGAUGCUUUCGUGGUCGACCAGCUCAGCGCAGGUCUACCAUGGCUCCGGUACUUCUAUCCAGACACGCGCAUACUGUUUUACUGCCACUUCCCCGAUUUGUUGCUGGCGCAAGGACGAUCUUCGUGGUUGAAACGCGCGUAUAGAAUCCCGUUUGACACUCUGGAACAAUGGAGUAUGAGUUUUGCGGAUUCGAUUGUGGUGAAUUCGGGGUUUACAAAGGGCGUUGUGGGAAGGGUUUGGCCUGAUCUUGUCAGGGAGAAACAAUUACAAAUUGUAUAUCCUUGUGUGGAUGUUAGGGAGAAGACGUUUGAGGAGAAGGAGGAGGCUGUGGCUGCGUGGAGAGAUAGAGGAAUAAUCUUGAGUAUCAAUCGCUUUGAGAGAAAGAAGGAUAUUGGGCUGGCUAUCAAGGCAUAUGCCGGACUUGGGGCCCAUGGGAGGGAGGGAACGAGACUUGUACUUGCCGGUGGAUAUGAUUUUCGAGUUCAGGAGAACGUUGUAUACCAUAAGGAGCUUGUCGCAUUGGCUGACUCCUUGGGCCUCAAGACUGCUACGACUAAGACCAUUGUCACAGCACUAAAUGUGCCGGACAAUAUUGACGUUCUAUUCCUGUUAUCAGUACCAAACACCUUGAAAGAUAUGCUUUUAGCAUCAGCAAGUCUAUUGGUGUAUACACCCUCGAACGAACAUUUUGGGAUCGUCCCUCUGGAAGCUAUGUUAGCUGAAGUACCAGUCCUAGCGGCUAAUACAGGUGGACCGCUCGAAACAGUCGUUCACGAAAAGACCGGAUGGCUUUGCUCACCGGACGACGUUGAGAGCUGGACGAUGGUGAUGAAUAAAGUACUACAUAAGCUCUCAGAAAAAGAGCGAAGCGCUAUAGGUGCAGCUGGAAAACAACGAGUCAAGAGUGAAUUUUCCGACAUCAAGAUGGCGGAGAGACUUGAUAAGAUUAUUACUGAUAUGGCGGGAGUACCGAGAAGAGGCUCGAAACAAUUGACGGCUUUCCUCUUGACCAUGUUGGUCACAAUAACUGAUACGAUUUAUUUCCUGAUAUCUCAAAGCGAGACGCUAAGUAAGAUAGUUGCCGGCAUUCCUUGGCCGCCUUUAGUUAUGUCUACUCUUUUAGUUGCCUCAUGGGGUGGUUAUUUUAUCUUAGGCUGGUCUGGAGCUUCGUCGCGGCCGGAAGAUGCUAUUAAAGGCAGAUUCCAUUCCGAGGAUGGAGCUUUCAAAAUACGAAGGCUUUCUGUGGAACCCAGGGAAUGGAAAAAUUAUUAUGCAGCGAUCGUUGUUGGUGGUGGCCCAGCUGGUAUUGCUACGGUCGGAAAUCUCCUGGAGCAAAAUGUGAAACCAAUCUUGUGGCUUGGUAACCGGUCCGGCGCUGGAAGACUGAAUACCUACUAUCGUGAAGUCCCAAGUAAUACCAAAGUCAAGAGAUUUCUAGACUACGCUGAUGGCGUGGAGCCCUUCAGGAAGAUCACGAAACAAGCGAAUCAACCAAAUGCUUACACUGUGAUGAAGGACAUGGACCAGGAAAAGACUUGUGAGAUAUCUCAGGCAGCGGAUCUAUGCAAUCUUCUUGCUGCAGGUCUCAGAAAACGCGAUGAUGUGCACUGGUUCAGACAGCAAAUCCACUGUGCCAGGUGGACCCAACGAAACGGCUGGCACGUCCGAAGCUUAGAAGGCAUAGAUCACGGUGCGCAAAUUUUAGUACUAUGCACUGGAAGUCAACCAUCAGUAAAGCCUUUACCAGUCAGCGAUAGGAGAAAAAGGUUUGAUCUUGAUACCGCACUUCAGCCAUCACAACUCAAGCUCAAACUCCCUGUUGAUCAGGAAAGUACUGUUGGGGUUAUUGGUGCUUCUCACAGUGCUGUUCUUGUGCUCCGAAAUUUGUACCAACUUGCUAGCACUACACAUCCCAGGCUUCAUGUCAAGUGGUUCACACGGCAUCCUCUACGUUAUGCCGAGGAAAAAGAUGGAUGGAUACUUCGAGACAACACUGGUCUCAAGGGGGAUGCAGCUGACUGGGCCAAAGAAAACCUCGAGGAUUCUCAACUACCCACCUCACCCGUGGGGAAACACAUCACCAAGAUCGUCACCGUCUCAAAUCCCGAAGGAGAAGAGCUAGAAAAGUAUAAAAGCGAGCUAGAAGAAUGCUCGACUAUCAUCCAAGCCGUCGGUUACAAAGCCGACACGGCUUUCCGCUACAUCUUAAUGGCGCCCAAAACUGAUAAAGUCUCCGGAACGACAGAUAGAUGCCUUCAAAUGGACAAACAUGUCCAGUAUGACCAUGAAACCGCCGAGUUUAUCGAUUUAGAAGGAAAUAAGAUCAAAGGGUUGUAUGGAGCCGGUAUUGCGUAUCCUGAGAAAGUCGUGGAUCCAGAAGGGAAUGUGGAGUUUGCUGUUGGAUUGGCGAAGUUUAUGAAGUAUUUGAAGAGGGUAGUGCCGGAUUGGAAUGGGCAUGGGAAAAGUAAGAUGAAUGAGGAGCGUGUUUUAUAG